ACACGUACACACACGUAUGUGUUUUUGCAUGAAUCCCAUUGACAGACUCACAGUGCUCGGAAAGGGCGUUGUUCUCCAGAAUGAGGGACCACGGAGCCCUGGACAAGGCCCUGGUGAAGGAGCUGAAGUCCUGCUGUGCACGGGAGAGCAACUUUCUUCCCAGGAAGUCUGGUUUGAAGAUGAUGGAGUCCUCAGCGAGCGGCGUUUCGGCCAAAUGCAGAGAUGCCCGAGUGGAGGAGCUGUGGGGUCUGACCAACUUCUUCGGGUACAGCACGCAAACGUUUGUCCGAGCCAUCAAUCUCCUGGAUCGAUUUCUUACUGUUAUGAAGGCACAGCCCAAACACGUGCCCUGCCUGUCCGUGUGCUGCCUCCACAUGGCGGCCGGCGUGACGGAGGAGGCCGAAGACGUGGCGCCCGUCCGUGAGCUCAUCCGCAUCAGCCACAGCAAGUUCACCGUGUCGGACCUCGGUCGCAUUGAGACCGUCGUGGCCCAGAAGCUGGGCCCUGUGACCCCAGCGGUCACUGCCUUCACCUUCUUGCACCUCUACUACUCGGCUUUGAACGCUGUGUGCCAUGAUGACGGGACAGAGAUCCCAAGCGUCAUGACGCUGGAAGCGCAGCUGAAAGCCUGCUUGUGUCGACUUGUUUUCUCCAAAGCAAAAUCGUCCCUACUCGCCCUCGCCCUAGUUGCCCACGAGUUUGAAAGCCUGCAGUGCACCGCCGCGUCAAAGAUAAUGCAGCAGAUGCAAAGAGUCACAAAGGUGAGUGACGGCGAUCUACGCCAUUGGCAACACCUGGUGGCCAAGCGCAUGACGGAGUACCGCUCAGCUCAGUGCCACAAGCCCAACGGCAGGAAGCUGGUAUGGGCGCUGUCUAAGAGGACUGCGCAGAGUCUGCACGGCAACCUCUGCACUGCCCCCCGUCUGCCCACCAUACCUGAGGACGCCUGGGACCACAGCCUAAGUGAGGAGGACCCGAGUAGCGGCGAAGACAGCCCUUGCGGCUCUCUGGGCAGCGGUGGUGAAGGAGCCUUCUUCCCUGCCUCCUAUUUGUGACUCAUCACCACCUGUUUUUUUCCCAAACAAACAUUGAUUUGCUCCAUGCGUAGCCAAUGUGGUAAAAAAAGAAAGAAAAAGCAAUAUUUUUGGCAACUCCUUGGUGGCUUUAGUGUCCAUGCUGGACACAUUCCAGCAAGACAAAAAAGAGUUGCAGUUGACUGUCGGCUAACAUGCUGCUUAACAGGAUUAUGCAAGUAAUAUGUGCCUACUAUGUUCUAAUGUCACAUUUCAAUGUGAAAGUUCCAGACUUAAUAUGCUGCACUGUUAUUAUGAAGGUCUUUUUUUUUUAUUUUUUACUUUGUUUACUAAGAUAAUGUUAAGGAAAAAAUAUACUUGUACAUAACACCUUAUAAAAAGGUGUGAAAAAUGUGGUUUUAUGUAUUUCAAUGUAUCACCAAGGGAAUGUUUACACUGUAUUAGAUUGUUUUAAAAUUAAAGAUUACUCUUUUAAUGCA